AUGGCCAGCACUCAACCCCAAAACCAAAUCCCAGCAGCAACACUCAAAGCCCGCUCAAACUCAAUCGUCGUCCCGAAAAUGGCAGACGCGAAAGUCGAGCACGCCGUGACAGCACCGGCACCAGCAGCACCGGCAGAAUCCACCGAUGCAAAUGUCUGGACAACAGAGCGACAACUCGUUUCGUCGCUGGCGAAGUUGCAGAAACUUGAAUCUAUGAUCCACGACCUCCGCACCCUCCUCCCAGAACGACUACUGGAACCCCUUGUCCCAAUAGUAAACCCACAGGUCCCAGCAAGCGGCAGCAAGGCACUCCCUAAAUCCCCGCAAAUGCUUUACGAGCAGCUUUCCUCCACAGCGCGCGCAGGCGUCGCCGAGGUGCAGUCUUUUCAGGAUCUCUGGCGGAGUCCCGAACUCAAGGAAAUCUGGGACCAUGUUGACGCCAAGAUCCAGGAGGGAAACGGGGUGUUGUUGCAGCCGAGUGGGAUGUGGGAGCGGGAUUAUGGAGUGUUGCUUGAAGGAAUUGAGAAGGAGGAGGAUGCGCGGGGAGAAGAGGCGCGGAGAGCACAAGAAGACAGCGAACGCGCACAGGUGGAUGGGGAUUGGAGGAGGGUUGUUGAGGGGUUUGUGGGGAGGGGUGUUCCUGGUGUGCGGGUGGUUGGGGCGAAGGAGAGGGAUGCAGUGCUUGUAGUGUUGGUUAAGGCGGGGAUGGCGUUUGAGGUGCAGAGCCGCGAUGGUGAGGAGGGGUUGAAGUGGGUGGUUAGCAGUAAGGUCGCGCCUGGGAAGCCGGUGAGCAAGCUUGAAGCUGCGGUUGUGGAUUGUUUGAAUUCGCGUCAGCGACAGUGGGAUCUUGCUUUCGUCUUGGACAUGAUAAUCUCCUACACAACCAUCAAACAAACCCCCUGUGCAAAAUGCACCAAAAUGACCGACUCAACUGCCCAACUCCCGACCAUCCGUCGCCAGUCUCCUCCGCCCCAAUCAACCUGGGAAGCCUUCCACCCAGCAUGCCUCUAA